CCAUUCUCUAGCUACACCAACAGCUAGCUUCUUCAACAGGUCCUAGUUCUGAAAACCCUAAUUCUCCAAACGUAAAAAACCAUGUCGAGUUCUAGCGUUUGGAACAAAGAAGAAGAUAAAGAGUUCGAGAACGCAAUUGCCAUGCAUUGGAUCGAUGAAAACUCGAAAGAAAUGUGGGAAAAGAUUGCUGAGUUGGUUCCAAGCAAGAGCAUGGGAGAGUUGAAGCAGCACUACCAAAUGCUAGUCGACGAUGUGGGUGCAAUCGAGGCGGGGCGCGUCUCCCCGCCUAACUACGCAGUUGAUGAAGCUGCUAAUACACUAUCGUCUAGUAAGGACAGUGGUCAUCGUGCUUCUUCUUCCGGUGCUUCGGCUUCGGAUAAGAGAUUGAACUGCGGUCACGGAGGUGGGUUUUCGGGUUUAGGUCAUGACUCCGCCGGCCAUGGCGGUAAGGGAGGGUCGAGGGCGGACCAAGAGAGGAAGAAAGGGAUUCCGUGGACUGAAGAAGAGCAUAGGUUAUUUCUACUUGGUCUUGACAAGUUUGGGAAGGGCGAUUGGAGAAGCAUUUCAAGAAACUUUGUCAUUUCCAGAACCCCAACCCAAGUAGCAAGCCACGCACAAAAAUACUUCAUCCGUUUGAACUCCAUGAACAGAGACAGGAGGAGAUCAAGUAUCCAUGACAUUACAAGCGUCAACAACGGAGACGUCUCGUCUCACCAGCAGCCGCCAAUUACCGGCCAACAGACCAACACGUACCCACCUAGUGCAGGCACCGCGAUAAGAGUAGGAGGACCACAGACGGCCAAGCACCGGCCUCAGUCACACAUGGCAGGUUUAGGGAUGUAUGGAGCACCGAUGGGGCACCCGGUUUCUGCUCCUCCGGGACAUAUGGCGUCCGCGGUGGGCACUCCGGUUAUGCUCCCUCCGGGCCACCAUCCUCACGCCCAUCCUCCAUACGUCGUCCCAGUUGCUUACCCAAUGGCACAUCCAACAAUGCACCAAUAACAAAACAAUAAUUUUCUUCUUUUUUAUUAGGGUUUUCAGGUCUCUGGUGGAUUUGAAGGGGAAUAAUAAUACAUAGUAGAGCACAAGGCAGAGCAGAGAGCAGAAGAAUCACAGACAUAUAUAUAUAUAUCCACAUUUCUGCAGUA